UUAAAGAACAUAUAAAAUCUACAGAUUGUACGGCUGCAGUUCUCUGCUUUUCAUUAUCAAUGUUGAUAACGAAAAUGGCUGCCUCAUGUAGCCUAAUGUUUAUCUUCUAUUAGGCAGUUUGAGGCAGUUUAUGCAAAGCAGUUAAAAGUGCAUCGAUUUUGAAUGACAAAUAUGCUUUGCUAUAAAUGAAACACGACACGGAUGCGAUUCGGUUCAGUGAGAAGGUUGUGAUACGCUGAUCAGAUCACUGACUAAAAUCAGGACAGAAGUCAUGCUGACUAUUCUUCUCAUCACGGCUAUGCUUGGCCAAGGCCAGUCAUGGGACAGCCUUGGGCUAAACUUCGUCACAGCAUUUCCAGAGAACAUAGCCUUUUACUAUCCAGUUAAUCCAGUGAAUACUCUCAAAAUCACCGCUGUCCAUGUCGACGCCGUGGUGAGAGUCUCCAUCUCAGACAGUACCUGGACAUACCAGGACACACUGCCAGCAGGAAAGCCUGUAAAUGUGACUCUGCCACUAGGUAUUGAGAAAUACAGUCUCGUUCAAACUCUUCAGACCGUCCAAAUCAGAGGCACGGAGCCCAUCGUGGUGCAGUCCAUCAGUCAGCGAGGAGAUAGUGUACAAACUAAUGUCGUUCAGCCUUUGAAAAAUCUCGGUACGUUUUAUUCCAUCCCCGCACUGAAUUACAAGAACAUGAUAAAUACUUUCUUUCAGUCGGAAAGAAAUAUCAGCAGUAGAUGCAGAUCCUUCAGGCUGGUCAUUAUCAAUGGAGAAGAUAUGGGUAAUUUAAUCACAAUUGUAAAAAAGACUAAAAACAUUAUUUUCAGACUUGAUCCGUACGCCGUACUUCAGCUCCAAACCGACGGGACAGAAAUUGCAGUUCAAUCUGAUUAUACAGUAGCUGUGAUGCUGACCCAUCCAUGUGUAGAGAUCUCAGGAUGCAGAUGCAACAUGGUGGUGAACCAACUUUAUCCCGACACUCAGUGGGAUAGCAGAUUCGCUGUACCCGGAAUACUGAACGUUCGGCUACAUCUGACGUCCUCAACGAAUAUCAUUGCCAGUGGCGGGAAUAUAGAAUCGGGUAGGCCUACUUUUGAAGCCUAUUCCUUAAAACUCCUGUCUCUCCCAUCUUUAAUGUUAGGAUCUCAGUUCAUCAACACUUCUGAUCCUGCUUCCCUCAGGCUUGUCAGUUUAGGCUUCAUCGUUGAACUGAUCCCACUAUCCAGGUUCUCUGCGUGCUACCUAGUGCCUGUCAACUUGACAGGUGCCAAGGUCUUCGUAAUAGCAGAAACGGAAUACAGGAAUAGUGUGUAUAUAGAUGGUGGUUUGCUUUCAUCCACUAAAUGGAACACUAUAAACGAUUCAGAGUACUCGUCUGUAUUAGUGUCUCUUGAUGCCACGCGUGUCAUCUGGCAUCCGUCCACAAAGAUUGCCGUGUAUGUGUUUGAGGAGAGCCCACAUUUGUAUGGAGGCCCAGCUAUAUCUUUAAGCGCAAACCCAGACCCUGUUGGCUGUGUAGUGGUCCCUUCUAAGCUCAACAUCAUCUUAACACCUCAAACCUGGCCUGAAUCCCAUCAAUACUGUAAGCUCAUAGGGGGCGAGCUUUUCAGUCCGAGCAAUAAAACGGAGCAAAUGGAGAUGGUCGACUUUCUGAAUAGUGAAGGUUUAAAUGAGAGGCUCUGGAUCGGACUGCGCCGUAGUCUGCUCACAUUAGAGUGGUAUCGGCAGAAGGGUAAGGAAGUCCACACUAUGACAUACACGUCGUGGGGAACCGGGGAGCCACGUGUUGCUGCGGAGGGCAUGUGCGCUUCAGUAUUCCCAAAUUCAAGAACGGGUUUCCAUUGGCAAAGUGUGCCCUGCUGUGCUCAAUUGAAGUCUAUCUGUUUCAUAAAUACUCAUUACUUUACUCUGGAUUUACCCAUGUCAAAUGAUAGAGCCAGUAAUUCUAAUGGUAAUGCUAAAGGAAAUGGAAAUGGAAAUUGA